AUGCCCGCGCUUCUCGUGCUGCACCUCGCGGCCACGCUGGCUGUUUUAGCCCGGUCGGUCGCCGCCGUGGGACCGCUCGUCCGGUGCGAGCCGUGCGACGCCGUCGCGCUCCUGCAAUGCAAGCCUCUGCCCAAGGACUGCGCCGUGCGGGCGAGGGAGCCCGGCUGCGGCUGCUGCGUGACUUGUGCCCUGGGCCCGGGGCAGGCGUGCGGCGUGUACACGGCGCGCUGCGGCUCGGGCACGACCUGCCGGCACCGGCCGGGGGAGAGCCGACCCCUGCAAGCUCUGCUGGAGGGACGGGGAGUGUGCACAAGCGAGGCGUCCAAAAAACUCAAUGUCAUUCUCGUUCCGGCGCAAAAACAAGAACAUGGCCACAACCAGGAGGAAGGCUGCGUUAACAAGACGGCCACAGUGACCAUGUUGCCUGGUUUAUCAACUGUCAAAGCGGGGCAGAGUAAAGGGGUAAUGGACACCAGACCCCCGUUACACAACAAGCUGAUCAAGAAAGAUCAUCACAGGAAGACUCACAGCUACAAGGUGGAGUCCGUGUCAGAGGGAGCCAAUAUGGAUAUGUACAACUUUUCAGUGGAGAACAAAAGAGAGAUGGAGUAUGGCCCAUGUCGGCGGGAGAUGGAGAGCAUCCUAAAUAGUCUGAAAAUCAGCAAUGUACUCAACCCCAGAGGCGUUCGCAUACCCAACUGUGACAGAAGAGGUUUCUAUAAGAAAAAACAGUGCCGUCCAUCCAAAGGCAGAAGACGGGGAUACUGCUGGUGUGUGGACAAAUACGGACAGCCCCUGCCUGGCUAUGACAUCAGGGAUCGCGAUGACAAACAUUGCCACCUGCGUGAGAGCCAAUGAGCGGACAGAAUGGCUGGGAGUGGGGCAGAGAAGGAACGGAAGAAAGAAAGCAGGGAAGGGUUGAAGCACAGCCUUUCCGACUGGCUCGGCAGCUACCUGUUCUGUACUGAGUUUCUCUCGCUCUAAAGGAAUGAACAAGCUAAAAGCUAUGAACACUUGGAAAAGUGAGAAGUAUCUCAUCUGCACUAUUUUGUUGAGGGCGGGGGAAAGGGAGAGAAACAGGAGGGAUUUUUCCACUCACUUUAAAAUGACUUAUUUGUGACUGUGACCCCAAAAAUGCAGCGCCAUCAUAUCCAUGUGUGUCUGUGAAUGUGUGCCCGUGAAUCUGCCCGAGCUAGUCUUAAAGUGUGGGUGCUUGCAUUACAUGUGAGACGGCACAGCAGCAUGUCUGUGCUAGAGGGGUGUAGAAGUGUGUUUUUCCAAAACCCCAAAACCAGUGAAGUUGGCACGUUGUGUAAAUCCAAAGUGCAAAGCCAAAGCCGUUCAUCAACAACACCCGGAAACACUGUCGGCUUCGCUGGGCCCGAGCUCAUUUAAGAUGGACUGAUGCAAAGUGGAAAAGUGUUCUGUGGUCUUGACAAGUCCACAUUUCAAAAUGUUUUUGGAAACUGUGGACGUCGUGUUCUCUGUACCAAAGACGAAACGAACCAUCCGGACGGUUAUAGGCGCAAAAUUCAAAAGCCAGCAUCUGUGAUGGUAUGGGGGUGUAUUAGUGCCCAAGACAUGGGUAACUUACACAUCUGUGAAGGCACCAUUAACGCUGAAAGGUACAUGCAGGUUUUGGAGCAACAUAUGUUGCCUUCCAAGCAACGUUAUUAUGGACGCCCCUGCUUAUUUCAGCGAGACAAUGCCAAGCUACGUCUUACAACAGCGUGGCUUCAUAGUAAAAUACCACAACGGAGACCCCAGAUUUUUCAACAACUCAAGCUGUACAUCAAGCAAGAAUGGGAAAGAAUUCCACCUGAAAAGCUUAAAAAAUUGGUCUCCUCAGUUCCCAAACGUUUCCUGCAAUGCAAAAAGUCAGUGUUCAAAAACAAGAAAAGAAAUACAAAAAUUAGGGGUAUUUUAUUUGAACUAAGCAAAAUUAUCUGCCAAUAGAACAAGAAAAUUUGGCUUGUCAAGACUUUCCAAAACAAGUAAAAUUAGCUAACCUCA